AAGCAAGAUGUCAGUCAGUGUGCACGAGAACCGCAAGUCCAGGGCCAGCACUGGCUCCAUUAACAUCUACCUGUUCCACAAGUCCUCCUAUGCCGACAGCGUCCUCACGCACCUGAACCUGCUGCGCCAGCAGCGCCUCUUCACCGAUGUCCUCCUCCACGCCGGGAACCGCACCUUCCCUUGCCACCGGGCCGUGCUGGCUGCCUGCAGCCGCUACUUUGAAGCCAUGUUCAGCGGCGGCCUGAAAGAGAGCCAGGACAGCGAGGUCAACUUUGACAACUCCAUCCACCCGGAAGUCUUGGAGCUGCUGCUGGACUAUGCAUACUCCUCCCGGGUCAUCAUCAAUGAAGAAAACGCAGAGUCGCUCCUGGAAGCAGGCGACAUGCUGGAGUUUCAAGACAUCCGGGACGCGUGCGCAGAGUUCCUGGAGAAGAAUCUGCAUCCCACCAACUGCCUGGGCAUGCUGCUGCUGUCUGACGCGCACCAGUGCACCAAGCUGUAUGAACUCUCCUGGAGAAUGUGUCUCAGCAACUUCCAGACCAUCCGGAAGAAUGAAGAUUUCCUCCAGCUGCCCCAGGACAUGGUGGUGCAGCUUUUGUCCAGUGAAGAGCUGGAAACAGAAGAUGAAAGACUUGUGUACGAGUCUGCAAUUAACUGGAUCAGCUACGACUUGAAGAAACGCUACUGCUACCUGCCUGAGCUGUUGCAGACCGUGCGGCUGGCGCUCCUGCCUGCCAUCUAUCUCAUGGAGAAUGUGGCCAUGGAGGAGCUCAUCACCAAGCAGAGAAAGAGCAAGGAGAUCGUGGAAGAAGCCAUCAGGUGCAAAUUGAAAAUCCUGCAGAAUGAUGGGGUGGUAACCAGCCUGUGCGCCCGGCCUCGCAAAACUGGCCAUGCACUCUUCCUGCUGGGUGGACAGACUUUCAUGUGUGACAAACUGUACCUGGUCGACCAGAAGGCCAAGGAAAUCAUCCCCAAGGCUGACAUCCCCAGCCCGAGGAAGGAGUUUAGUGCAUGUGCGAUUGGCUGCAAAGUGUACAUCACAGGGGGGCGGGGGUCUGAAAAUGGAGUCUCGAAAGAUGUCUGGGUGUAUGAUACCCUGCAUGAGGAGUGGUCCAAAGCUGCCCCUAUGCUGGUGGCCAGGUUUGGCCAUGGCUCUGCCGAGCUUAAGCACUGCCUUUAUGUGGUUGGGGGCCACACGGCUGCAACCGGCUGCCUCCCAGCCUCCCCCUCAGUCUCCCUAAAGCAAGUAGAACAGUAUGACCCCACAACCAACAAAUGGACCAUGGUGGCCCCACUCCGAGAAGGCGUUAGCAACGCGGCGGUGGUGAGUGCCAAACUCAAGCUGUUCGCUUUCGGAGGUACCAGUGUCAGUCAUGACAAACUCCCCAAGGUCCAGUGUUACGAUCAGUGUGAGAACAGGUGGACGGUGCCAGCCACCUGCCCUCAGCCCUGGCGCUACACGGCGGCAGCUGUGCUGGGGAACCAGAUCUUCAUCAUGGGGGGAGAUACGGAGUUCUCCGCCUGCUCUGCCUAUAAAUUCAACAGUGAGACUUACCAGUGGACCAAGGUGGGAGACGUGACCGCCAAGCGCAUGAGCUGCCACGCUGUGGCCUCCGGAAACAAACUCUACGUGGUCGGAGGGUACUUCGGCAUCCAGCGAUGCAAGACUCUGGACUGCUACGACCCCACGUUAGACGUGUGGAACAGCAUAACCACCGUGCCGUACUCGUUGAUUCCUACGGCUUUCGUCAGCACCUGGAAACAUUUGCCGUCUUAAGCACAGGGCAUCAUAAGUGG